AUGAACAUGCUUAUCGUGCCAGCGCUGUUCCUGCUCUCUGGUUCACUCUGUGGUGCCUCAGUGGUGCAUCCUGUUCCCACCUUUGACCACCGAGACCCGGUAACCGGAGAAAUCCUCAAAUGUCCCAAGUGUCCACCGGGCAUGUUCAUGUCUGCAUAUUGCACUGCCACCACACCCACACAGUGUCAGCCGUGCAAAAAUGGCCACUUCACCGAUCUGUGGAACUACCUGCCCAGGUGUCUGUACUGCAACAACCUUUGCACAGGUAACCUGGAGGUGGAAACAGAGUGCUCCCCGACAACCAACAGGAUCUGUCGGUGCAAAGAAGGCUUUUACUCGGCUGAUGACUUCUGUAUCCGGCACACAGAGUGUGGCCCCGGAUACGGGGUUCAAACUAAAGGUACACAGCAGACAAACACCGUUUGUGAAAAGUGUCCAGAGGGAUAUUUUUCCAGCUCAUCUUCUGCGGUGGAUUUGUGUGUAAAACAUCAGGAGUGCUCCAGCGGGCAGAGCGUACUCCUCACUGGCUCAGCCUAUUCUGACACCGUGUGUGGCACCUGUGAGAGUCUUGCAAACGGAGGUGAGACUCUCAGGACAUUCCUCUCAGGAUUCUUCCAUGCACACAGGAUGCGUGUAGGAAAAAUCAAGAAGUUUGUUUCCAAGUGAGCACACUCUUUGUCUGUUUGAUUAUUCUCCAGCACUCCUUCACC